GAACUAGAGGACACGGUAAGGGACUUGAGGGUAUGGACAUGGUACAGAACUAGAGGACAUGGCAAGGGACUGAAGGACAUGGACGAGAGAAAGUUCGAUUCUCAAGGCUACAACAAAGAUUUGGUUGAGCAGCUUGAGCGGGAUAUUGUGUUGAGAAACCCAAAUGUUCGAUGGGAAGACAUUGCAAGUCUCACAGAAGCCAAGGAGUUGCUGAAAGAAGCAUUGGUGCUGCCCCUCAUUGUUCCAGAUUUCUUCAAGGGUAUUCGACGACCUUGGAAGGGAGUGUUGAUGUUCGGACCCCCAGGCACAGGCAAGACAUUGCUGGCCAAGGCUGUGGCAACAGAGUGUGGCACCACCUUCUUUAAUGUCUCUGCCUCCAGUCUGACCUCAAAGUGGCAUGGCGAGUCCGAGAAACUGGUCCGGCUGCUCUUUGAAAUG